CGCGACUGGCUGUUCAACCUGUCCAUCAGCUAAUUUGCUCAAGUAACUACUAGCAACCAAACUGAUGCAGGAAACUUGUUCUUGAAGCUGAACAGCGAAAGUUGGGGAUUUAUUUUGGUCGCUGAGAAUGAGGGAACCCCGAAAUUAAUCAAAUAUCUCUGUGAUUAGGCUUAACUGCAGAGAUGUCCACAAAGAGACCCAAGAGCACAACCACUACCAGUAAGGGGAAAGACAAAAAGGCUGAUGAGUCGUCUGCAGGAAGUGUUGCAGGGUCUGGUCAUCCUAAUGACAUCUUGCCCUUGACGUUGACCUCGGCUACCCAGGAGCUGUUUGGGUGUCGCUGUGAUGAGGACGUCACGGGGGACAACCCCUACAAGAUCCUGAGGAAAGAGGACAUUGUGCAGGACAUGAGGAUGAGGGCAGCUGUGUCUGAUUUCAGCCCCAUGAAGCAGCUGGUGCUGGACUACCCUGAAGAUGAGCUCCUCCUGGUCUACGACAGAGACUUCAUCUACGGAUCCAGCUUCUACCUGGUUCUAACAGCAGAUGCCAAGGAGAGGCACCUUAAGCCUGUAGUGGCUUUGGGAGUUGAGGUAGCUUUGGAGCGGGAGCCGUCGGAGGUGUUUGCAGCACAGAAAACCUCUGAACCCCAGCCCUGGAUCUCUCUGGGCAGCGAACAGGAGAUAGAGGAAGAGUCUGUCACUGACUCCAGACCCAGAUUGAAGUAUAGGAUCUCCAGGGUGCGGAGGGAGUUUGGGGCACCGAUCUUCUUCUCUGACCGUAAUGCCAUGGAGACCAAGGAUGGCUUCAUUGAAUGUACCCCCUACCAGGACAAGAACUUCAGCCUCAAGCAGAUGGAGAGACACACUGGGGUGCAGACUAUCCCCAACCUCAAGAGCUCCAGCACCCAAACACAGUGGACAUAUCCAAGGAGUAUGUGCACGCAGUAUGAACCCAGAGAGUUCAGCGAGGAGAAGAAAGAGAACUGCCUCCAAUCUGAGAAGCUGAAGAAUUUUGUCAACUCUGUGGCCUCCAGGUUUGAGAUGGCCAUCCAGCAGAAUGAAAUCAUGGAUGUGUUCUUUGACGACUGGAAGGCCCUGAGUGAGGAGGACAGUGGCUACGGACGGAAGGCUGACCCACACCUGAAGGAGUACCAGUCCUUCACUGACCUGCACUUCAGCAAGGAGAAGACCAUCAGCAACAUCAACUGGCACCCCACCAUCAACGGUGUGAUAGCGGUGGCUGUGACAGAGAGGCUGUCCUUCGAGGACAGGAUCAAUGGCUCCACUAAGCUGCUCCUAAACCCCUCCCUCAUUCUCUUCUGGAGCUUCUCUGAUCCCAUCAACCCACAGUUGCUGUUGGAGUGCCCAGACGACGUCUUCUCCUUUGAGUUCUGCCCUUCCGACCCAAAUAUUAUUGUUGGUGGCUGCAUGAACGGCCAGGUUGUGUUAUGGGAUAUAUCCACCCAUGUAGAACAAUUACAGGGCACACGCACCAGUGGUGGAAAGAACAUAGCAGCAAACACCAACGCUUUACAGGGCUUUGAAGACAAGCGGGAGAAUGAAACCCCUGUGGUGCGUUACUGUGCUGUCUCAGGCAUAGAGAAUGGCCACAAAGCACCCAUUACAGACAUCCAGUGGCUGCCGGGAACCUUUGAGGUCUCUAGAAUGGGGGUACCGAUGGAGAACAAGAAUGGAAUAUGUGUUCAGAUCGUCACCUGCGCCCCUGAUUGCUGUGUGAUGUUCUGGGAUAUCCGUGCUCCGAGGGUACUCCAGACCAUGGCCGACCAGCGGAAACAGAAGGUGGAGGAGAAACCCCUGGAGAAUCCUCACGGUGUUCCCAACACCUUCAAACACCUCGACCUCACAUGGAAACCACUCAUCAGGGUUUCCCUGCCUAAGAUUGAUUCCAGCGGGGAAUACAGCCCUUUGAAAAUCAGCCUGCGAGACAACACCUGUGACAACCAUACAGGUAGCAACGCAGACAGGGCCCACCUGAAUGCAGAGAGGUCAGAGGUUGCUCCAGAGUACGCCCUGCUCAGAGUGCCUUCAGCCAAACAACUCAAACCGCUGGAGGACAUCUGCACCCGGUUAUAUGCAGGGACCGAGGAUGGAGAGCUUGUGUACACAGACUGGAAGUUGGAGAAGGACAACGACUCUGGACGACUGUUCAGUGCCAAGCCCUCUCAUCGGUUUAUAAUCCAUGAUGGGCAGGUGAACACUGUUCGUCGGUCUCCCUUCUUUAAAGACAUUAUUCUGACCGUGGGAGGAUGGACCUUUGCCAUCUGGAAGGAGGGCGUCACGAACGGCCCCAUCAUCCAGUCAUCGUGUUCUCAGAAGAAGUGCACUGUGGGAUACUGGUCCCAGUCACGUCCAGCUGUGCUCUUCAUCGGUAAGGAGGACGGGAACAUUGAUGUGUGGGACCUUCUGGAGAAGACUCAUGAGCCCUCCCAGACCCAGAACAUCACUGCCACCCAGAUCACAUGCAUCAAACCCUGGAUCGUCUCCUCAAAGCAGCAUCUCCUGGCUGUGUCUGAUCACCUGGGCACUCUGCAUAUUCUGGAGAUCCCAUGGACACUUCGCAGCCCCUCCAGCAAUGAGAAGCUGAGCAUGAGUAAGUACUUUGAGAAGGAGGUGGACAGGCUGGUGUACUUUGAGAAGAGGAGGGAGAUGAGAGCCAAGGAGAAGAAAGACUACGAGGCAGAGGAGCUGAGAAAGAAGACGGAACCCAUCAUACCAGAGAAGCAGGUGGAGCAGAUCUUGGAGGAGGCCAGGAAGGAGUAUGAGGACUACUUGUCCUUGGAGACGGUCAUCCUGAAGGAAAUGGGGCUGCUGCCAGACACAGACAAGGUUGACAUCUGACAUCUGACAUCGUAACCCUAAUCCACUGUUCAGUCUGACACCUGAUAUCACACCUUGUAUGACCAGCAGGGUUGGGGUCAAUUUCAUUUCAGUUUACUUCUUGGAAUUGACCCCAACCCUGGUGUCCAAUGUUCAGGCUGAAGUCUGAUGCUCCCUGAAACCAGAGGCCUACCACACAACUCAUUUAACACAGUACUACAAAGUGUCUAUUCAAUUGAAAAUGGAAUUGUUACACUUUUUAUUUUCUAUGUACAGUAUUAAAAGCUCCAUUUGGUUUUAGUAAAUUGUUCAGAAAACUGUAUGCAUCUUGUUUUGCUUGUACAUGUAGUGAAUGGAGAGAUUCCUCAGAGUUGAGUGAGUUUUUCACACACACAAGUCAGCUGUUUUUUUGUUAUGAUAUUUGUGUUAAUUAAUGUAAUAUGUAGUUGUUGUUCUGUAUGUGUGUCUAUAGUUUUGUUCAAUGUUGUGUUAAGUGUAUGUAAGUUGUUUUGUCUGAAACAUUGUUCUCCCUGCUGCUGUUGGACCAGGUCUCGUGAAAAAUAAAUGUAAUCUCAAUGAGAAAAACCUGUAUAAAAAAAGGUUAAAUAAAAUAAAAAAUAUAUACACAUUCAUA